AAAAACAACUGGGGUAGGUCGCUCUUUGUUUUCUCGUAGGGAGGAAAACCAAGAGACUUUGCGACCGGCAAGAUUUUCAACACCGCUGUUCACCGUUCGUGUAAGUCCCUUUCGAUGUUGUUAGAUUGACGAGGUGACAUUUGUGAACGACAAGAUCAUUCCAGGAUGGAUUGGUGUUUGUAGGACGUGGGGUCCUUCCUUGUGCUUUAGCCCUUACAAUCCCCACUCUCCCCUGAGAGAUGUCCACUCCUGACCCCCCAUGGGAGGGACAACCUCGGCCAGGUCCCUCCCCAGGCCCAGGCUAUCUCCAGGUGGUAUGAUGGACCAAGUCCAGUUCUUCCCCAGGGCUCUGCCAUAGUAUGAUGGGCCCGUCCGGACCUCCUGGAUCUGACAGCCCACACCCUCCCCAGGGACCCUCAGGAUAUCCUCAGGAAAACAUGCACCAGAUGCACAAACCAAUGGAUGCCAUGCAUGAGAAGGGCAUGCCCGAUGACCCUCGCUACAGUCAAAUGAAGGGCAUGAGCAUGAGACCAGGAGGGCACAGUGGGAUGGGACCUCCACCAAGCCCCAUGGAUUCUUGCUCCCAAGGUUAUCCCUCUCCUUUGGGAGGCUAGCAUGCACCAAGCCCAGUCCCAGCGAACGGUCCUCCUGGCUCCAUGAUGCCUGGUGUCCCUCUGGUCCCGGGGGCUGGCCCAAUGGAGGGUAGCGGUGACCCUAAUCAGGGAAUGGGUCAGCCGAACCGUGGAGGGUUCCCAGGUCCCGGUGGACCGGGUGGGGCUGUAGGUGGACGGGGCUCAGCAGGAGCCACGCCUUUCAACCAGAACCAGUUGCACCAACUCAGGGCUCAAAUUAUGGCUUACAAGAUGCUGGCACGCAGUCAGCCCUUACCAGAUCACCUGCAGAUGGCCGUGCAAGGGAAGAGGCCCAUGCCAGGGAUGCAGCAGCAACCCAUGCCCAACAUGCCCCCCUCUGCCGGUCCUGUAGGCGCACCAGGGCCAGGACCAGCUCAGGCCAACUACAACAGACCUCAUGGCAUGGUUGGUCCCAAUAUGCCACCCCCUGGACCAGCAGGAGUUCCCCCAGGCAUGCAAGGCCAGCCUGCCAACGGACCUCCUAAAUCAUGGCCUGAAGGACCAAUGGUGAAUGCAGCUGCACCAUCCAAUCCUCCUCAGAAGCCUGAUUGCCUCCUCAGCCCACAGGCAGACCGUCCUCCUGCUCCUCCCUCUGUGCCACCUGCUGCCUCACCAGUAAUGCCCCCUCAGACCCAGUCUCCGGUCAGGCCUGCCCAGCCCCCUCCCAUAAUGCUUCACCAGAAACAGAAUCGCAUAACCCCUAUCCAAAAACCCAGAGGGCUGGACCCAGUGGAAAUCCUCCAGGAGAGGGAGUACAGGCUACAAGCCCGUAUUGCUCACCGUAUUCAGGAACUGGAGAACCUACCUGGUUCCCUUGCAGGUGACCUACGUACCAAAGCGACCAUCGAACUUAAAGCCCUCAGGUUGCUUAACUUUCAGAGACAGCUACGCCAAGAGGUGGUUGUCUGCAUGCGUCGCGACACUGCUCUAGAAACUGCUCUUAAUGCCAAGGCCUACAAGCGCAGCAAGCGCCAGUCUUUACGUGAGGCACGUAUCACGGAGAAGCUUGAAAAACAACAGAAGAUUGAACAAGAGCGGAAACGUCGACAGAAACACCAGGAAUACCUCAACAGCAUCCUGCAGCACGCCAAGGACUUUAAGGAGUACCAUCGAUCCAUCACAGCAAAGAUCCAGAAGGCCACCAAAGCCAUCGCCACUUACCAUGCAAACACCGAGCGUGAGCAGAAGAAAGAGAACGAGCGCAUUGAGAAAGAGCGAAUGCGUAGGCUGAUGGCCGAAGAUGAGGAGGGCUAUCGUAAACUUAUCGACCAGAAGAAAGAUAAGCGUCUGGCCUACCUCUUGCAGCAGACGGACGAAUAUGUGGCCAACCUCACUGACCUGGUGCGAGCUCACAAAGCUGCACAAGCUCUCAAGGAGAAGAAAAAGAAGAAGAAAAAGAAGAAGCCAGAGCCUACAGAAGGUGCUGCUGCUGGUCUCGGACCUGACGGAGAGCCAUUGGAUGAAACCAGUCAAAUGAGUGACCUCCCAGUGAAGGUCAUCCAUGUGGACAGCGGGAAAAUCCUCACAGGGGUUGAUGCACCUAAGGCAGGCCAGCUGGAAACUUGGCUUGAAAUGAACCCAGGAUAUGAAGUAGCACCGCGUUCAGACAGUGAAGACAGCGGCUCUGAAGAGGAGGAGGAAGAAGAUGAUGACGAUGAGAAGCCCCACGCUUCUGCAGCUCAGAACGAGGAGAAAAAGAAGAUUCCCGACCCAGACAGCGAAGAAGUGUCUGAAGUGGAUGUUCGGCACAUCAUCGAGCAUGCCAAGCAGGAUGUGGAUGAUGAGUACGGAAAUGCAGCUUUCAACCGAGGCCUGCAAUCCUACUACGCUGUGGCUCAUGCAGUCACUGAGAAAGUGGACAAGCAGUCUUCACUGCUCAUCAACGGUCAGCUAAAACAAUACCAGAUUAAAGGGCUAGAGUGGCUGGUGUCACUUUACAAUAACAACUUAAAUGGUAUUCUGGCUGAUGAGAUGGCUGGAAAAACGAUCCAGACCAUUGCCCUGAUUACCUACCUCAUGGAAUACAAGCGCAUCAACGGGCCCUUCCUCAUCAUCGUACCACUCUCAACUCUGUCAAACUGGGUGUACGAAUUUGAUAAGUGGGCGCCAUCUGUUGUGAAGGUUUCCUACAAGGGCUCUCCAGCUGCUCGUCGUGCAUUCAUUCCAUCUUUGCGCAGUGGCAAAUUCAAUGUGCUGCUCACCACAUACGAGUACAUCAUCAAGAUAAGCAGGUGCUAGCAAGUUACUGUCCACUGUCAGGUCAAAACUUUGAAUCACAUUUAUUACAUUUCCAUAAUGUUCCUCCAAAAGCUUCGUUGGAAGUAUAUGAUUGUGGACGAGGGCCAUCGUAUGAAGAACCACCACUGUAAGCUGACCCAGGUGUUGAACACGCACUACCUGGCCCCCACGGCGGGUGCUUCGCUCACAGGAACUCCUCUGCAAAACAAACUACCUGAGCUCUGGGCCCUGCUUAACUUCCUCCUGCCCACCAUUUUCAAGAGCUGCAACACCUUCGAACAGUGGUUCAACGCCCCGUUCGCCAUGACUGGCGAGAAAGUUGACCUCAACGAAGAAGAGACCAUUCUCAUUAUUCGGCGUCUACACAAGGUGCUGCGGCCCUUCUUACUUCGCCGGCUCAAAAAGGAGGUUGAGGCCCAGCUGCCUGAGAAGGUGGAGUACGUGAUCAAAUGUGACAUGUCGGCCCUUCAGAGAGUGUUGUACAGACACAUGCAGGCAAAGGGGGUCUUACUCACAGAUGGAUCAGAGAAAGAUAAGAAGGGUAAAGGUGGCACCAAGACUCUGAUGAACACGAUUAUGCAGCUAAGAAAAAUUUGCAAUCACCCCUACAUGUUCCAACACAUUGAGGAGUCUUUCUCUGAGCAUCUGGGCUAUUCUGGCGGAAUAGUGUCUGGUCCCGACUUGUACCGCUCCUCUGGGAAAUUCGAGCUGCUGGAUCGUAUCCUGCCCAAGCUGAGGGCCACCAACCACAAAGUGCUGCUCUUCUGUCAAAUGACCACUCUCAUGACCAUCAUGGAGGAUUACUUUGCUUACCGCAACUUCAAGUACUUGCGUCUAGAUGGAACCACCAAGGCGGAGGACCGUGGAAUGCUGUUGAAAACCUUCAAUGACCCAGCUUCGGAGUACUUUGUGUUUCUGCUUAGCACCCGAGCAGGUGGUUUGGGUCUCAACCUGCAGUCCGCUGACACCGUUGUGAUUUAUGACAGUGACUGGAACCCCCAUCAGGACCUUCAAGCUCAGGACAGGGCCCACCGUAUCGGUCAGCAGAACGAGGUCCGCGUCCUUCGGCUGUGCACUGUCAACAGCGUGGAGGAGAAGAUCCUGGCGGCAGCCAAGUACAAACUCAAUGUGGACCAGAAGGUCAUCCAGGCGGGCAUGUUUGACCAGAAGUCAUCAGGCUGCGAGCGCCGGGCCUUCUUACAGGCCAUCCUGGAGCACGAGGAACAGGACGAGGUCGGGGCUCGUGGAGGCUGCCGCACAAGGGGGGCGUGGGAGGAAGACGAAGUGCCUGAUGAUGAGACAGUCAAUCAGAUGAUCGCCCGAAGCGAAGAGGAGUUUGAACUAUUCAUGCGCAUGGAUCUGGACCGACGCCGCGAAGACGCCCGCAACCCCAAGAGAAAACCUCGUCUGAUGGAGGAGGAUGAUCUCCCCGCCUGGAUUUUGAAAGAUGACGCUGAGGUUGAGAGGCUUACCUGCGAAGAAGAGGAGGAGAAGAUGUUUGGCCGAGGAUCCCGCCAGCGUAAGGAGGUGGACUACAGCGACUCGCUCACCGAGAAGCAGUGGUUGAAGGCUAUAGAAGAGGGUAACCUAGAAGACAUUGAGGAGGAAGUGCGCCACAAAAAGACAACCAGAAAGCGCAAGCGAGACCGCGACCAUGACGGUCCCGCUACUCCUAGCUCCAGCAGCGGUCGAGGACGCGAUAAGGACGAUGACAUGAAGAAAGCAAAGAAACGCGGUCGGCCACCCGCUGAGAAACUCUCUCCGAACCCUCUGUCCCUCACCAAGAAGAUGAAGAAGAUAGUUGAUGCUGUUAUUAAAUACAAGGACGGUAGUAAUGGAAGACAACUGAGUGAAGUCUUCAUCCAGCUGCCUUCGCGCAAGGAGCUUCCGGAGUACUAUGAGCUCAUCCGCAAACCAGUAGACUUCAGGAAGAUCAAGGAGAGGAUCCGCAGCCAUAAGUACCGCAGCUUGAACGACCUGGAGAAGGACGUGAUGCUGCUGUGUCAGAACGCUCAGACGUUCAACCUCGAAGGCUCUCUGAUCUACGAAGACUCCAUCGUGAUUCAGUCGGUAUUCACCAGCGUCAGACAGAAGGUUGAGAAGGAGGAAGACAGCGAAGGAGAAGAUAGCGAAGAAGAGGAAGACGACCUUGACGAAGGUUCUGAGUCUGAAUCCCGUUCUGUGAAGGUAAAGAUCAAACUGAGCCGCAAAGAAAAGGGCGACCGUGGCGGGAAAGGACAGCGGCGGAGGGGCCGUGGCGUGCGGGCUAAACCCGUGGUGAGCGACGACGACAGUGAGGAUGAACAGGAAGAGGAGCAUUCGGCCAGCGGCAGCGAAGAGGACUGAACCUGAACCACUCCUAAAUGGACCAAUGGCCCACUGACCUACUUGACUGGAACUUAGACCUUUUUCUCAAGGUACAGCAGGAAGACGUUCAGUGUGAAAGCCUAGUUUUACCUAGAUCAGAUUUUGUUUUAGUGAGACUGUUGUAUUCUCAUUCAAUUGUAUCAUUGAUUUAAAAGCAAAAAAUGAAUAUGAACUAUCCACUUCCAUAUUUAAACAUGGUUUCUUAAGAUCAGUAGCAUCUCAUUUGGGGGGGGGGGGGUCCCGUUGUUUGUUUUUUCUUCUCCUUAAUUGGAAAAUUGACAGAUCCUGAUUUAACAGACUGCCACAUAGACAGCAUUUUCUAUUAUCAUUAUUAAAGUUGUGUUAGUUUGUCAUCCUUUUGAGAAGUGAACCAAGAGUCACUGUGUUCCCUUUUGAAUGCAUGUUACGCGUUUGUGGAAUUGCACCUGGAUGUGUCUUUGUUAUUAUCUCUGUGUAAUUUAAGACUACAAGCGGGAUUAUGGUACGGCCCACCCGCAGCCCCUCCCUCUCAGGUUGUGUAUGUAAACAGGGAGGGAGGGAGGGACGGGACCAUUUUCUCGUGUCGGUGUCACUGGAUUCCAAAAAGUAAAAAUAAAGGCUUCUCGUAAUAAA